UAUAUUGUCAACGAUCAAUGUCAGAAAAGUAGUUCGAAUUCUACAAGUUCUACGACAACGUCAACAAAAAUUAUAUAGGUUUAGGUACCAUAAUUUUGAUCUUACAAAAUUAUCGGAGAAAAAACAAAUAAUAGUAAAAUUUUGGUGCUGGUUGAUAUAAACAAAGAUGAUGUUACAAAAGGAUAAGGAGGAAACUACUGUAAACAAAAGAUAUCUCAAGGAGGACCACAUUUUAACAGUUGCUUUAUGUGCAGUGUCCAUACCACUUUCUAUGUCUAUGUGGAUCGCUAAUAUAGUGUACUCAAAGUUUGUUCUUCAGAGUCAAGCACUGGACGAGCCUGUUGUCAUAUCUCCUGCUAGAUGGUUAGCAUCAUGCUUAAUUCCAUUAUCCAUAACGGUGAUGGGGUACAAAAAGAAGAGCCUAAGUUUAAGUGGUGCCAUGCUUGGAUUUUUUGUAGGAUUCAUCCUAACACUGAGCAACUACUGCUUUUUGGGAGUUCUUUUAACUUUUUUUGCAUCAUCAUCAAAGGCUACCAAAGUGCGUCCUCAUUUAAAAAGGAAAUUUGAUCCAGAUUAUAAGGAUGGUGGUCAAAGAAAUUGGAUACAAGUGCUAUGCAAUGGAGGUAUGGCUACGCAGCUAGGCUUGUUGUACUUAUUGGAUGUUGGGGCAACUGAACGGCCAAUUGACUUUGUAAAGGAUUACAGGGCCUCCUGGUUGUCUAUGGGCAUUUUGGGUGUGUUUGCCUGUUGCAAUGGUGACACAUGGGCCUCUGAACUAGGAACAGUAAUCUCUGAAAGUGAACCAUAUCUAGUCACAUCAUGGAAGAAAGUGCCAAAAGGAACUAAUGGGGGUAUAAGUGUUGUUGGUACACUAUUCAGUGCUCUUGGUGGAUUUGUCAUUGGGUUAACUUACUACCUGGCGGUUCUUUAUUUCACUGAUUCAUCACUAUUGGCCUAUGCUCCACCUCAAUGGCCUUUAAUUGUCUAUGGCACUAUAGCUGGAUUUAUUGGCAGUCUUGUUGAUUCUUAUAUUGGGGCAGCUUUGCAAUAUUCAGGUGUGGAUAAAGACGGGAAAAUAGUAUCUCAUUCUCUUCUAUCUGUAAAACAUAUUAGUGGAAGAAAUAUUUUGGACAAUCAUAGUGUCAAUCUUAUAUGUACAGUUAUUAUGGGUUUGCUUACACCUACUAUUAGCAGAUAUAUGUGGCCGGUGUACUGAUAAAUAGCAACAUUUAGUUUAGCAAUGUACUUAGGCCUAAAUUAAGGGACACUGAACAAAACCUAAUAUUUUUUCAAUGAAACGAAAUUAACAAAAAAGUGAUAAAUCUGUUGCAUAGAAACAAUAUAAGACAUUAUUAAUUGUAGGUUUUUCUCAUAUUUAUAGUGUUUAAAAUAAGUACUACACAACUACAAUUCGUCUUGUAAUUCUAAAUUACCUAUAAAGUACCUAAUUAAUAAUUUCUGCUUGAUGAAGUAGUUCCAAGUUUUUUUUUUAAUAUAAAUCUCGUAUGUAUACAUAAAUUGGUUGUUAUAAUAAUGUACUUACAAAAAAAGACGCAUUGUUAUAUUUAUUUCUUACUUUUUCAAUUAAAUAUUUUAAAAUGUUAA